UUGUGGAGACUCCCUCCUCAUUCAUUCGCAGAGAAAAGUCUUUGUCCGUAAAGACGUAGUCGGGUGUAAUGUAUCCUUAAGCGAACGCAAGAAAAAAGGAAAAGGGCGUUUUGACUAGAUCAGAACAGGAUAGCCCCAAUGUGUGCUCUGUGUCCAGAACCGCCGACUCCAAAGAUACGCUGAGAUCUACACUGGCAACUACAACUUUCAAAGCCAUUCAGUAUUUGGACCACUUUGAUCGCGCAUGUACCCAACUAACCAGGGGUUUAAAAGAGAGGUAAUUUACUUCUUUCCCUAGCGCACAAAGAGGACAAACUAACAUUUGUGCAUCGCAGAGGCUUUAAAGUUGCAUUCUGUGCUUGAGGAAGACAUGGCCAAGUUAUUCCGAGCUGCUAUCAUGGGUCCACCAGGAUCAGGAAAAGGAACGAUAUCCAAUAGGAUUGCGCAAAGCUUUGGCCUUCAAUAUCUGUCCAGUGGCCACUACUUACGAGAGAGCAUAGCGGCAAACACAGACGCAGGUGUGCUGGUGAGGAACUACGUAGAAAGAAGCAUGCUGGUGCCUGACGAUGUGAUGACAAGACUGAUGCUGCCAAGACUGGAACACUUGAUCGGUCACAGCUGGCUGCUGGAUGGUUUUCCUCGGACUCUGUCGCAGGCCCAAGCCCUGAGCAAUUUGUGUCAGCUGGACCUGGUCAUCAGCCUCAACAUCCCCUACGAGACUCUGAGGGAGAGACUGAGCGACCGCUGGAUCCAUCCAGGCAGUGGCCGAGUCUACAACAUGGGCUUCAACCCGCCACGAGUGCAGGGUAAGGAUGACAUCACUGGGGAGCCACUGAUUCAACACGAUGAUGACAAACCAGAAGCCCUGAUGGCCAGACUGAGACACUACAAAGAUGUGGCCAAGCCGGUCAUAAACUUAUACAAGUCACAGGGAAUCCUGCACUCAUUUUCCGGUACAGAUACGGACCGAAUUUGGCCUUAUAUUAACUCCCUCCUCAGCACCAAGAUACCCAUGCAGCCAUCAGAUUCCUUCCAAACCCAAACACCCUGACACUUUUCUGAAUGAAAAGAUCACAGGGACGCAUCAAGAAGCAGCCAGAGGAUGUGGGGUGAAGUUUCCACAUGCAGCUUUUACUUUCCUUAAAAGAGAGGUUUAGGGAGACGAUAAAGACACUGAUCAAAACGUGCUUGUGAUUCAAUCACCAGGUGAUUUGUGAAAUCAAUGGUCCAUUGUAAAUAUUUUUUUCAGAGCUUAGUUGAUUGGGUUGAUUUCUGUAUUAUCAUAGUGAAAAGUUCAAGGCAAUAUCAAAACUGAUCUUUUUUUUUUAUAAAUCAUAAUUUUACACAAACAUUCACCAUCAAGAAGCAGUGUUUGUGUAUUUUUAAUCUGCAAUAGUUCCAUUUGGAUUUAAAUCAUAGCUCAAUCAGGGAAGCUGUGGUAAAACCAAAGAUUAAAAGAAAAAAAUAUGUAGAGAAGGAAGGAUUCCCUCCAGUAUCAAUAUUUUAUUUAUCAUUGACAACAGAAGGGUAAGGUAGAAUAUUAAAUCAAAACCAACAACAAAUAUGUGCUACAAAACUUGAUAUAGUUAUUAGGAAAACAAGAACUUUAAUUAAAGCAAACUUAGCAAAGCAACUUAAAUCUGUUAUCUUUACAUAUUUGAUUAAUUACACUUUAUAGUAGUUGUUUAUAAUCAAGCUAACCCUAUCAUGUUGUUGCCUCUAUGAAUAUGCUCUAUCAUUUUGGAGUGAACCCUUUUAAUUACCCUUCAAUGUGCAAAUAACUGGGGAGUUGCAGAUCAUUUUUUAAAGUCAGUCUCACCACAGCCUUAACAGGCAUAUAUCCACUGAGGGCAAAACCGCAUUGUGUCUAAAUCCGAAAUAAAUCUUGGACAGACAUUAUUCGGUUCAUUUUUUUCUAAAACAUUGUGCAAGCGUGAGUGAACCAGUUUUUAUUGAGCGCUGCAUAAACAACUAUUCUUUACAUUUGUACUAAAACGCUAUAGAAUAUUAUGCAAUUUGCAACUGAUGUCACGCAGGACAAUUUACUGGGCUGGGGCUGGACUUGUACAAGAUUCAAGAAUCCCAAACAAUCACUGAUUUAAGACCAAUGCAGACAAUAUAGUGCCUUUAAUGCUGUUACAUUCCCAAGGUUGCCUUGAAAUUUUAAUCUUCAAAAUGUCAAAGAUUGUUGUUUAUAAAAUGUAAUGUUUUGCAGUGGUUGAUUAACUUUGAGAUAUUGCUGGAUAUAACUUUAGUAAGUCAUAAGAUUUGAAAGCAUAGCAAGGUCGUAGAUGUAAAGGUCUUAUUUUGAGGUUUGUUUGAAUGUAGAAAGCACUGCUGCAGGGUGAACAGCUUGUAAAAUGUUAACCUUUUUGUUGUUUAGAUUUUUUAGAAUUUUUUUGUAAGUGAUUUUUUGGGAAUGUUUGAUAUUAGUUCCCACCUUACAAAAUAGCCUCUGGUUACCUAAAGUUAAAAGAAAGGUGUCAUAUUUUCACCUAAUGGCACAGGAGUUUGCUUUUGUCAAUCACGUAAGCACACAACUUGUGCAAUAAAAACCAACAACUGGGUUUUCAUUGUUGUUGUUUUUCAGCUGUGCUAAUGCUGGCUCUGCAGCUUUCAGACUUUACAGCAAAAUGGCAUUACCUGUUUUACUUAUGAAGCUGACAAUAAGCAAAGUACACUUAUCCUCUCACAUACAAAAAAAAAAUAUUUUACAUUUCUUUUGUGAGGUCAAACUGCCUUGUAUCAGUGUUUUUUUGGUGGCAUUUUUGUUAUCUAGGGCUUAGAAAGAGUGGGUGUUGUAUGUUAUACAGAUUAAAGGCUUUUAAAAGAUAAUGACAGACCAAAGAUACAAA